GUUUUUCGUCAGAGUUCGAAUGCUUGCGGGCGUUGGUUAAUCGACUUAAUAGCUGUGGUUCUUAGGCGAUUCCAAAAGACCCAUUAGUAGCUGCAAGAUUUACAGAGAGAAUCAAGAACGAACCAUAAGUACAAAUUGGGAUGGCUCUCGUUGUGAACUAUGUUCUCGAAGACCCAUCAGCAGUUUCAGAAUGUGCAAACAAUAUUAAGGAAGAGCCGAAAGAAAGGGGUGAACAGGAUAGAGCAGAGGCUGCUGUUGCUCCAUUUGCUGAGGAUUUUGUUCUUGAGCGGGAUACUCUCAACAUUAAGAAAGAGGAGGAUUUGGAGGAAGCAUCAUUAUCAAAUUCGGAAUUUACAAACAACACUAAACGAGAAGCGGAAGUAACAUUUCAUGAGGAUGGAGCUGGGAAUUGUAAUUUGCAGGAUACAUUUUCAAUUUUGGAAUUUACGAACAACGUCAAACGAGAAGCAGAAAUAACAAUUGACGAUAAUGGAGUUGAGGAUUAUGUUCUUGAAGACCUGCUACCAGUUUCGGAAUGGACUAACAACAUUAAAAACGAGCCAGAAUUAACAAUCGACGAGGAUGAAAUGGAGAAUAAUGAUUUUGGUCAACCGUCAUCUUCGGAAUGGACUUAUAACAUUAAAGACGAGACAGAAGCAGCACUUGAAGUGGAUCGUGAAGAGAAUACUGACAUGGUCUCAACAGAAUAUGCAUCAAAUACUACAUGGUCCAGCCAGAUUAUGGAAAAAUUCCCCGGCACUUCACGAGGAAAUGUUCUUCAAAAACUGAUACACGUGGCAGGAUUUUUAGGUGUUCAAAUAGUGGUUUGCAGUGUUCAGUUCUUUUUUUAUAUUUAA